AUGUCUUGUUUUAUAUUUUCAUUCUUUUUCUCUUCUUCUUUUUCUUCAUCUUCUUCUUCUACCACCACUACUACUACUACUACUACUACAAGUAGUAUAAGAAAAAUGAUACUAAUACUACAACUCUUAGUAUUAUUAGUAGUUGCAGCAGCAUUUUUUUACGUUUCUACAGUGACUUUUCAGGUCUUAGGUUUUUUUUGUUUUCACACUUUUCCCUUUUCUCCUCUUUUUUCUUUUAUUGUUUUAAAUUUCUUCUUCUUCUUCUUCUUCUUCUUCUUCUUCAUCAUCAUCAUCUCCUCAUUCUUCUUCUUCACCUCCUCUUCCUCCUUCUUCUUCGUCUUCUUUUUUUUCUUCUCCUUCCCCCUUUCCCCUCCGCCUCCUUGUUGGUUUUGUGGCUGUCCUUCUUUUCUUCUUCUUCUUCUUCUUCUUCUUCUUCUUCUUCUUCUCCUCUUCCUUCUUCUUAUUCGUCUUCAUCUCCUCCUUCUUCUUCUUCACCUCCUCCUCCUCCUCCUUCUUCUUCUUCUUCUUCGUCGUUGUUCUUUUUCUUCUUCUUCUUUUUCCUCCUCCUUGUUGGUUUUGUUUCACUUUUCUUUCUCUUCUUCUUCUUCUUCCCAUAUCUUCUUCUUCUUCUUCUUCUUCAUAUUCUUUUCUUCACCUCCUCCUCGUUCUUUUUUCUUCUUCUUCUUCGUCGUCUUCUUAACUCUUCUUCAUCUUUUUUUCUUCAUCCUCCUCCUUGUUCUUUUUCUUUGUCCUCCUGAAUCUUCUUCUUCUUCUUCUUCUUCUUAA